AUGUCACUGUUCCCAUCAGCAUUCGAAGGAUCGGCUGCUGGACCUUCGACGUCUUUGACUUCGGCGUUCGCAAAAUCCUCUAAAAACAACAACAAACGAAAGCGCCCUUCGACAGGUGGUCAUCACGAUGAGAGCCUUCUCAAAUCCACUCAAGCCAAUCUCGAGAAGCUGAUGAGUAAGCUGGAGAACGGAGAUGUCAAGGAGAAGAUAGGAACGAAAAGUAUGGGUGAAUCAAGUAAGAAGAAGAAGGGAAAUGCGCAUAUCGAAUUUAAGAAGGGAUCGAAAGUGGUAGAGACCCCGAAAGGCAAAGAUAGAAGCCAAAUUCCCCAGAAUCAGUCCACACCUGGGUCGAGUAAGAACGAGAAGUCUACGCCUCAGAACCAACAGCAAUUGAAGAAGAAAAUCAAAGAGAAGAGUGGUCCGGUGGAACUUCCCAUACCUACCGUAUCGUCAUCAUCUGAGGGAAAGCUCAAAGUCGGUGGAGAAAACUUGACGGAUAUGCAGAAGAAUAUGCAAGCUAAACUUGAGGGAGCGAGAUUCAGAUGGAUCAACGAGCAAUUGUACUCUACGCCAUCGACGGAAGCUGUGGAUAUGAUGAAGAAGGAUCCAAAGAUCUUCGCUGAUUACCACAUGACUCACCGAGUACUUACUGCCGGAUGGCCCUCUCCACCCCUGCAGCACAUCAUCAAAGCUCUUUCACCUCUACCUGCUGGCACGGUCAUCGCGGACUUGGGAUGUGGUGAUGCCGGCUUAGCAAGAGCUUUAGUACCUCAAGGCAAGGUGGUAUUAUCCUACGAUCUGGUAGGAGACUCGGGGGUACCCGGAAGUAGUGAUCAAGCGAAGGAGAAGAAGAUAUCGGAAGGAUGGGUCAUCCAAGCUGAUUUCUUGGAACAAAUUCCCUUGCCUGGUAGACCUGGUGGUAUAGACCAUGAAGCAUCGAUAGAUGAGCAAGCACCAAAGAAAGAAAAGGGAAAGAAGAAGAGUAAGGGGGACGGAAAAGCCUCGGAAGUGGUGGAUGUAGUAGUCUGCUGUUUGAGUCUGAUGGGUAAGAAUUGGGUAGGAGGUAUAGCCGAAGCUUGUAGAGUACUCAAACAAGGAGGUACAUUCCAUAUCGCCGAAGUGACAUCGAGAUUCACAUCUACAGAAGCGUUUGUAGAGAAAGUGGAAUCAUUCGGACUCAAGUUGGAAGAGCAGGAUUCACCUUCAACCCAUUUCACUCUGUUUAGAUUCAUAAAGGAAUCGCCUGUACCCCUCGGUCUAGCUAGGGGAGAAGAAGGAUGGCAAGAGAGGGUCAAGGAAGGCGAAGAUAUAUUGAAAGCUUGUGUAUAUAAGAAACGUUGA